GUCCGAACCCUAAGUUAUGCAUAUACAUAUGUGUGAAGGGAGGAAGAAGCUAGCGAUUGAAGUGAUAAUCAAUCAGCGCUUAUUAGAUCUUCGUUUACCAGCGAUAAUUAGUCAAUCAGCGCUUAGAUCUUUGCAAGGAGAUAAUUAUGUAUAUGAGCAAGGGAAAUAGAUUGCGGAAAUUGAAGAAGGAGAGUACAAGAGAAACGAAGAAGAAAGUGCUUCCUACUUUGGGUAAAGAGGUUUUGAAUCAAGGACAGAUGAUUGAUGGUGAGGUGGCAACUUGUGAAAAACAUGUUACUGCUAGUGAACGGAACGAUGAGUUAGAAGAUAGUGGCUAUGCUGACGAGGAGUUUACCUCAGCUAAAGAGGAGUGUACUGUAACUCGGCGUUGGUUAGGUGAUCAAACUUUAUAUGAAUCUAUGAAUCCAGGUGAUCAAGACGCCACUUCGAAUAUGUUCGCAAAGUUUGAAAAUGAUUUCGUUAAGAAGUUGGCAGAAAAAUUUCGGGAGAAUCCUCGACUUCUUACUGAAAAGGGCUUCACUUCUCGUUUUCGUUUUGAUUAUUUCCUAAAUUAUUACGUGGAAGUGUAGAAGAAGCUGCAGCAGUAGGUAUGUGUUUGAGCGUUGUGCAGCAGUUAUGAAUUUGAGCAGUUAGUAUUUAAGCUUCUCGGUGGAAUGUGUUCUAUUUAUAGUCACUGAACCUACUUUAUGUUUGUAAUAUUCAUACAAGUUAAACUGAGCUACAAUAAGUUAAUUGAGUUCGUCUUGUGGUAAAGCUUUAGGUUUUGGUGAUGAAUUAGAGGUUAGACCAGCAUCAACUCACCUUCAUAAGGGAUAACUGCUUUGUGUUCUCUGUUCAACUCCAAAAUUUAUUGAUGCUUUUAAUGGCUGGUUUUAACCUA